CGCCGCCGCUGCUUCUGCUGGGGCCGCACUUGCAGGAGCUCCUGGCCUUGGCGUUCCGGUUCGCCAGAACCUUCGGCUGGGCGCCCGGCAUGGCGGCUGCCGCGGCGGAGACGCGCGUGUUUCUGGAGGUGCGGAGACGGCUGCAGAGCGCGCUGCUGAUCCUGGGAGAGCCAAAAGAAGGAGGUAUGCCCUUGGAUGUUUCUGUGACGCCGUCCUCACUCCAGGUGAAAACCCCUGCUGGCUGCACAGAGCUCCGGCUUCCAGCAGAGGUCAGGCUUGCACCUUCCUCUUGCCAUGGGCUGCGGUAUGUGGCUGGAGACGGGCUGCACCUGCGGCUGCAGGCACAGGCAGACUUCAGCCCAAAACUGGUUUCAAUGUUUAAUCAAAGCUCACAAGCCCAAGAAUGUUGCACAUUUUAUUGCCAGUCCUGCGGUGAAGUCAUAAUAAGGGACAGGAAGCUCCUCAGGGUGCUCCCGCUGCCGAGUGAGAACUGGGGAGCUCUAGUUGGAGAAUGGUGUUGUCAUCCUGACCCCUUUGCUAAUAAGCCGCUUCAUCCUCAAGAGAAUGACUGUUUUAUUGGAGACAUUUUCGUCUUGGUGAAUUUAAGAAGUGAUUUGUGGCAGCCAAGACCUGAGCUGAUCCCGCUGGAGACACACUGUCUUUCUUCUGAGAACCAUUUUCAAUUGAAACCAAAGGCAAAUACCAAAGUAAUUUGUAAGCGUUGCAAGGUAAUGUUGGGAGAGACCAUGUCAUCAGAAACCACCAAGUUUUAUAUGACAGAGAUAAUUAUUCAGCCAUCUGAGAGAAAUUUUCCCAUCAUACCAAGGUCUCGGUUUGUCCAGAGUGUCAUUGCCCAGUGUCUGGUGGAACUCUCCUCUGCUCGAAGCACUUUUAGAUUCACUGUUCAAGGUCAGGAUGGCAAAGUGUACAUCUUGCUGUGGCUUUUAAACUCAGACAGUUUGGUGAUCGAAUCUUUGGGAAGUUCCAAAAGUAUCAAAAAAUUCCCGCUGUUGGAAGACAUAUUGGAGGCAGAUUCCGGUUCUGCCUGGAACGCUGUCAAGGUCCUCUACCAGCCAUGCAUCAAAAGCAGGAACCAAAGUCUUGCCAGAUCGUGGGACAGUGACAUCAGCGUCCACUCUCUGACCCUGCCCUCUGCUACCUGCCUGGAGCUGCUGCUGAUACUGUCAAGAAAUAACGCCUCGCUGCCCCCGUCGCUUCGCUGCAUGAAUUCCUUUCAGGUCACUCCACUGAGGAAAAUGAGAUCUCAUGAGAUAUUGACCAGAACAUCAGCAUGAGCAAGACUUUGAAUAAUGCAUCUCAAAGCUGCAUCUAGAGGUGGCCUUUUUGAAGCUGUAACUGUGGGAGCCGAGGCACCACUCUCCCUGGCAGACAGCUCCCCCGCACCGUGUGCACCAGAGGCCAGCACUCAGCCCAGUGGGCAGCCAGUAUGGAGACAGGAACCAGAGCUACAGAAUGAGCAUUGCAUUGAAGUUUUGAGUUUACUUGUUUGCAUCUGUUCUCUAAAAGAAGAGUUAAUUUUAAAUCUUUUAAAAACCAAGACUGCGAAGAAAGUUGUAGUAGCAGGUUGUCAGCAGUUGAGAUAAGUAUAGAUGUUAUAGCUCUAUUUCCCACAGAGAGGAAUAUUCAAAUAUGCGCUGAGUCAGCACCGCCUGGAAGGCUGUCAGCUGGUGGAGACCCAUCUGUCCUGUGUGGAAUGCAGAGGGGACUUCGUUGGUGGAACUAAAUGUUACCUACUGUACAUCCAAGGAAAUAAACUUUUAAAGAACUUCUCAGAUUUGCUUAAAACAAAUUUUGCAAAAGAAAAAUACAUAAUUUUGUAUAUCUUAUUCAGAAGAGCUGCUCAGUAAAUAAAUGGUUAUUGAAUGAGUGAUUAUCAAAUUAAAAGUUUUCCCAUUUAUGCAAA